AUGGACGAGAGGACACUGCGACACCUUGUGGAGGUUGGUGACACCGUGGCCCUGCAGACGUACAUUCGGCACGGCUGCUCCACGCUCUCGCAGCCGCUAGGCGCGGAGGCACGGUUCGCGUACUAUCACCUCUCUCAUGGAUCCAGCGAGGGGAAUUGUGAACCCUCAGCUGCAGUACCGGGCGGAAGAAAGUCAAUGGUAACCUUGGAAAGCUAUCGUGGCCCUCCCACGACGACCGUUGUGCGGGAGCAGGCACAGAGUACUGUUGUUGGAACUCGUGCGUCAUGUGACCGGUCCUCCCCCUCGCUAGAGUCAGCUUCCUAUAGGCGACGGAGACUCUCAGAACUUGCGCGUGUCAUCGAUGGUAGUACAUGGAAUGGCAGCAUUCUUCGCCGCUCGCCGACUUUGCAUUCUGUGGGCACACCAGGGGAGCUGCGGUGUGCACGGCAAAGCACUUCAACGGCGGCGACUUUUUCUCAUUCCUCUGUAGAGGUAGGGUCGGCACCAUGUUCCACAAAGGUGGUGACUGCAAGUGGUGCUGUCAUGUCCGGAGAGGAUCCCUCUUGGCGUGAACGUCUUGCGCCGUACGAAGACUAUGGGGUAAGCAGGCUCCACCACAUGUUACAAUGUUUAGAGAAGGAAGAGAGACGUAAUCGUUCCAAAAUCGAAGACGCAUUUGAACAGUUGCUCGUUGAUGGUCAUCGGUGGCAUGUCUCUUUUUUGGAAAGGUGUGCAAGAGAGUGGAACGACCUCCUCAUGGCGGAACACAUUGCGCGUCUUGCGAUACGUGAAAAAGAACGGCGUCAUUUCAACAGUAUCGUAGAGAUGUGUCUGGGCGAUGUGACGGGUUGCCGUUGGGAUGGGGUACGCAUGCAGUGGCUGCGGGCGCAGAUGGCGAACGCGUUGACGAUGCACGAGUUGGUCAUCCUCAACAGUAUGUUCCCGCAGUGGCAGAGUUCACUGCAAGAUGGCGCGGUGAGUGCGGUUAAGUACGCACACAUUGACGGUGAAGAGAAUAUCCCUGGAAGCGGCGUGUGGUUUGACAACGGUCUGCUGCAGUCAACGUUGCCCCACGACUUAUCGUCUUCGCAAAAUGACGAGGUUGAUCAUCAUACUGAUAAGCAAGAGCUCCUCCCGCUGCCGGAGCAACACGAAGCACCGCGGACUCGUCGAUCGAUGGCUGCACGGCCCUCAAGGCCCCGUGUGCUACCAGCCGCCGCGCCGCAGAAAGAGUGUGUCAUGAGUUGA